AUGACCCACUGGGUGUUGGUUGGCCUCAUCCAACUUGGGCAGGAGCAGGUGCUCAUCCAGCCCCUCAACAGCUCCCAGGGACAAGAGCAUCUGAUCAGCCGCAAGUGGUCCUUGACGCCCAGCCCCUCUCCCAAGGCCCAGAUGCCCGGGCAGCUCUGCCAGGUCCUCACAGAAAAGAAGCCGAGGAGGGGCCGGCCGUCGCGGGAUGGGCGGCGGCGGAGGAAUGCCAUCCGGCUGACCAGCGAACACACGGUGGAGACCCUAGUGGUGGCCGACGCCGACAUGGUGCAGUACCACGGGGCCGAGGCCGCCCAGAGGUUUAUCCUUACCGUCAUGAACAUGGUAUACAAUAUGUUUCAGCACCAGAGCCUUGGAAUUAAAGUCAACAUUCAGGUUACCAAGCUUGUCCUGCUACGACAACGCCCUGCCAAGUUGUCCAUUGGGCAUCAUGGUGAGCGGUCCCUGGAGAGCUUCUGUCACUGGCAGAAUGAAGAGUAUGGAGGUGCACGGUACCUCGGCAACAACCAGGUUCCAGGAGGCAAGGACGACACGCCCCCCGUGGAUGCUGCUGUAUUCGUGACCAGGACAGAUUUCUGCGUACACAAAGAUGAACCUUGUGACACCGUUG